AUGGCUCAACUGGAAAAGACCUUAUUCCGUUGGCCAAAUGUCAACAUAUUUCCUCCAGACCCCGACGGGCCUUUAGGGCUCGGCUCCAUACUCACAAAGGUCAGCGAGCCUCGGUUUCCACUUAACCGUGGCAAUAUUCAUCCCCUCUGCUCCUAUCCAGUCCGUGUCAAGAAGAACUUCCUCGUCAAAGACAAACAAGACAACAAUGGCGUAGUACGCCUUUGGUUGCGGGUCUUGGACAUUCUUGGGAUUGGCGCAUCAACAACGCUCGGGCGAAUUCAGUCCCAAGAACAAACUUUUGUUCUCGAAACUCUCGAGAUACGAUCUUUUGACCCGUCAGUGCAGUACCUGAAAGAGGCCCUGACAGCCAGCCCUGAAAUCCAAACAUAUAUUGCCGAGAAGCGGCACAUUGCAUUGUUUCGCACUCCAGUGACGUUCUUCAUUGUCACCGACAUUGUGCUUGCUAAGGCUGGUGGUUGCUUCGCGCAUGUGGCACAAGCUCGGACAGAGGCGGCUGUUAGCGGAGGGCUCAGUUUUGAUCUCGACUUUGAUCCCGGCUCGCGAGUCAAAGUUGGCGCUGACGUAGACAUUACGCAGUGCGCCGGCCAUGAGGUCCGUCUUGACCUCGAUCCAGGCGCUAUAAUAGCAUAUGGUGUACAAAAGGUUGUCUUCGGGCGUCGUAUUACUAUUAAGCCCUAUGGGAAAGACGCUUUUAUGAGCAGGGACGGCGACCAAGACGACAGGGAUGUCCUCUGCGAUGAACAGGACAGCAGUGUUUCACUAGAUGAGCUGAGCGAAGCGGAUAUGGAUGAUGCAAAGGAGUUGAUGAUCCAGCAUGCUUUCAAUUUUUGA